CCGCUCGCCGUCCUCCCUGCGUGCGGCGGCCGGCCGGCCCAUCGGGAGCGCCGGCGAGGAAGGGGGACUGGAGUGAUGAUGAUUGUGGAUUGUUCUGUGGGAUUAGAAGCCGCAUCUGUUGUGAUCGGAAAACUCCAGGAAUAACCGCAGACAUGGAUGAACAGGCUCUUUUAGGGCUAAACCCAAAUGCUGAUUCAGACUUUCGACAGAGGGCCCUGGCAUAUUUUGAGCAGUUGAAGAUUUCCCCAGAUGCCUGGCAGGUGUGCGCAGAGGCUUUGGCACAGAAGACAUACAGUGAUGAUCACAUAAAGUUUUUCUGCUUCCAAGUACUAGAACAUCAAGUUAAAUACAAGUACUCGGAGCUCAGCACAGCUCAGCAACAGCUGAUCAGGGAGACGCUUCUGUCGUGGCUUCAAGCUCAGAUGCUGAACCCACAGCCAGAGAAGACCUUCAUACGAAAUAAAGCAGCCCAAGUCUUCGCCUUGCUUUUUGUUACAGAGUAUCUCACUAAAUGGCCCAAGUUUUUUUUUGACAUUCUCUCGGUAGUGAACCUAAACCCCAGGGGAGUGGACCUGUACCUGCGCAUCCUCAUGGCCAUCGACUCAGAGCUGGUGGACCGCGAUGUGGUUCACACAUCAGAGGAAGCUCGCAGGAAUACUCUGAUAAAAGAUACCAUGAGAGAACAGUGCAUUCCGAAUCUGGUGGAAUCGUGGUACCAGAUUUUACACAACUACCAGUAUACUAAUUCAGAAGUACUGUGCCAGUGCCUUGAAGUCGUUGGGGCUUACGUCUCCUGGAUAGACUUAUCCCUUAUAGCCAAUGAUAGGUUUAUAAAUAUGCUGCUAGGACACAUGUCGGUAGAAGUUCUGCGGGAAGAAGCCUGCGACUGUUUGUUUGAGAUUGUAAAUAAAGGGAUGGACCCUGUGGACAAGAUGAAGCUGGUGGAGUCCCUGUGCCAGGUGUUACAGACCGCCGGGUUCUUCAGCAUUGACCAGGAAGAAGAUUUGGACUUCGUGGCCAGAUUUUCUAAGCUGGUAAAUGGCAUGGGACAGUCCUUAAUAGUUAGCUGGACGAAGUUAAUUAAGAACGGGGCUGCCGUGAGUGCGCAAGAGGCCCUCGAAGCCAUCGAGACAAAAGUACCGCUCAUGUUACAGCUGCUCAUUCACGAGGAUGACGACAUCUCCUCCAACAUUGUCGGAUUUUGCUAUGAUUAUCUGCAUAUUUUGAAGCAGCUUUCGGUGCUCUCGGAUCAGCAGAAAGCUAAUAUAGAGGCAAUCAUGUUGGCCGUAAUGAAAAAAUUGACUUAUGAUGAAGAAUAUAACUUUGAAAAUGAAGGUGAAGAUGAAGCCAUGUUUGUAGAAUACAGAAAACAACUGAAGUUGCUGUUGGACAGGCUUGCUCAGGUGUCACCGGAGCUAGUGCUGGCUUCUGUCCGCAGAGUGUUCCGUGCCGCCCUGCAGAACUGGCAGACUACACGCUUCAUGGAAGUUGAAGUGGCCGUGAGGUUGCUGUACAUGCUGGCAGAAGCCCUCCCAGUGUCACACGGUGCUCACUUCUCAGGUGACGUUUCAAAAGCUAGUGCUUUGCAGGACAUGAUGCGAACGUUGGUGACGUCAGGAGUCAGCUCCUACCAGCACACGUCUGUGACGCUGGAGUUCUUUGAAACUGUCGUUCGAUACGAAAAGUUUUUCACAGUUGAACCUCAGCACAUUCCGUGUGUACUGAUGGCUUUCUUAGAUCACAGGGGUCUGUGGCAUUCCAGUGCUAAAGUCAGGAGCAGAACCGCCUACCUGUUUUCUAGAUUUGUCAAGUCUCUCAAUAAACAAAUGAACCCUUUCAUUGAGGACAUUUUGAAUAGAAUACAAGACUUGCUAACCCUUUCUCCACCUGAGAAUGGUUACCAGCCCUUGCUGAGCAGCGACGAUCAGCUCUUCAUUUACGAAACAGCUGGCGCGUUGAUCGUUAACAGUGACUACCCAGCGGAAAACAAGCGGGCCUUGAUGAAGGACCUCUUGACGCCACUGAUGGAGAGGUUUAAGGUUCUGUUGGAGAAACUGAUGAUGGCGCAGGAUGAAGAGGGGCAGGCAUCUCUUGCAGACAGUCUCAACCAUGCAGUUGGAUUUGCCAGUCGAACCAGCAAGGCUUUCAGCAACAAGCAGACUGUGAAACAGUGUGGCUGCUCCGAAGUUUACUUGGACUGUUUGCGGACGUUCCUGCCCGCCCUCAGCUGUCCGCUACAGAAGGACAUCCUCCGCAGCGGAGUUCGGACUUUCCUCCACCGGAUGAUCAUUUGCCUGGAGGAGGAGGUCCUCCCAUUCAUCCCGUCUGCCUCGGAGCACAUGCUGAAGGACUGCGAAGCCAAGGACCUCCAGGAGUUCAUCCCACUCAUCAACCAGAUCACGGCCAAGUUCAAGAUCCAGGUGUCCCCGUUUUUACAGCAGAUGUUCAUGCCCCUGCUUCAUGCCAUUUUUGAAGUGCUGUUGAGACCAGCAGAGGACAAUGACCAGUCGGCCGCCUUGGAGAAGCAAAUGCUGAGGAGGAGUUACUUUGCCUUCCUGCAGACCGUCACCGGCAGUGGGAUGAGCGAGGUGAUCGCCAAUCAGGGUGCAGAGAACGUGGAACGGGUGUUGGUCACCAUUAUCCAAGGAGCCGUUGAGUAUCCGGAUCCAAUUGCACAGAAGACAUGUUUUAUCAUCCUCUCGAAGCUGGUAGAACUCUGGGGUGGCAAAGAUGGACCAGUGGGCUUCGCGGACUUUGUUUAUAAGCACAUUGUCCCUGCGUGUUUCCUAGCGCCUUUAAAGCAGACCUUUGACCUGGCCGACGCACAGACAGUGCUGGCUCUUUCCGAGUGUGCCGUGACUCUGAAGACGAUUCAUCUCAAACGGGGCCCCGAGUGUGUUCAGUAUCUUCAACAAGAAUACCUGCCCUCCUUACAGGUUUCUCCAGAAAUAAUUCAGGAGUUUUGUCAAGCACUUCAGCAGCCUGAUGCUAAAGUUUUUAAAAAUUACCUAAAGGUGUUCUUCCAGAGAGCAAAGCCCUAAGGACUGGAUUCCCCUCUCCUGUGUCAUGACCAGGAACUCAGUUAAUAACUUUCGGAGAAGCAGUGUGUGUGCGCGUGCGUGUAUGCCAUUCACACCGAUCUGUUAACAUUGUUCUGAGCUGGUGGCUGUGUAUGUGGGAUUUUCUGUAAAAUGGGUGUAAUUUUUCCCUAAAUACAGGCAUGUGACAACAAGCAAAGUUGCCUGCAUGCCAGUUUAAAUUGUUUAUGUAAAAAAUGCUGUUAUAAGACAUAGAUUUAUCCUAGUACCUUCAUUUUUUUUCUUUAUAUGAAACUUUAAAGUUCUUUAUAUUG